UGUACACCAACUUAAUUACCAAAGAACUCCACCAUGUCAUCAUCUUCAUACUUCUCAACCAUUCUUCAUUCAAUCACCAAAACUCCCCACAAACUCAAAAAAAGAAUGCUAAUAACUUGGACACCAGACCAAGAACUCAACCAAGUGAGGCAAAGAUCAGGUGCUGAUAUGAAGAAGAAGCUUGAUUGGUAUGAUCUUGUUGCUCUUGGUGUCGGUGGCAUGCUCGGUGCCGGAGUUUUCGUCACUACCGGUCAUGUAGCUCAUACAAUUGCCGGCCCUUCGGUCUUUGUCUCUUAUAUCAUUGCCGGAGUUUCCGCUCUUCUUUCUUCCUUUUGCUAUACUGAGUUCUCCGUCGAAGUUCCCGUCGCCGGUGGUGCUUUUAGUUAUCUAAGAGUCACUUUCGGUGAGUUUGUUGGAUAUUUUGGAGGAGCAAACAUAUUGAUGGAGUAUGUUUUAUCGAACGCGGCCGUGGCGAGAAGCUUUACCGAGUAUUUGAGCUGCACUUUUGGUUCAAAUAAUCCAAAUUCAUGGAGGAUUGAAGUGAAUGGAUUGCCAAAGGGUUAUAGCUCUCUUGAUUUCACUGCUGUUGCUCUUGUUUUAAUCCUCACUCUUUGCUUGUGUCAUAGUACAAAGGAGAGUUCAGUGCUGAACUUAGUGAUGACAGUGUUCCAUUUGAUGUUCUUUGGGUUCAUAAUAGUUGCUGGUUUCUGCAAUGGGAGUUCAAAGAAUUUAGUAAGGCCUAAAGGGUUGGCACCUUUUGGAGUUAGAGGAAUUCUAAAUGGAGCAGCCACUGUUUAUUUUAGCUACAUUGGUUAUGAUACAGUCUCAACCUUGGCAGAAGAAAUAAAAAAUCCUUCCAAGAACCUUCCGAUCGGUAUUACCGGAUCAGUUAUCAUCGUCUCCGUCUUGUAUUGCUUAAUGUCUUUGGCUUUGUCCUCCAUGAUGCCUUACAAUGAGAUAAUGGAGAAUGCUUCAUUUUCAUCGGCAUUUCAAAAUACAGUUGGAUGGAAAUGGGCGAGCAAUGUCGUUGGUGCCGGAGCGAGUUUAGGCAUUGUUGCAUCUCUUCUUGUGGCCAUGCUUGGGCAAGCUAGAUACUUGUGUGUUAUUGGGAGAGCUAGGCUUGUGCCUGUUUGGUUAGCCAAAGUUCAUCCUUUUACUGGUACUCCUUUGAAUGCUACUAUCUUUUUGGGGAUAUGCACUGCUUCAAUUGCACUCUUCACAGACCUUGAAAUAGUUUUAGAGAUGAUCUCAAUUGGCACACUGGUAGUCUUCUACUUAGUAGCAAAUGCUCUAAUUUACCGAAGAUACGUAAAGCUAAGCUCCGGCAACCCUUUUCCGACCAUUCUCUUCCUCCUCAUCCUCUCAUUAACAUCCAUUGGCUUCUCAUUAUCAUGGAAGUUCAAUGGAGAUUGUUUAUGGGGACUCAUCAUCUUCGGCUUUGCCUCCGUCAUCGUUACCGCCAUUUUUCAUCGGUUUGUUCCUUGUUAUCAUAGGCCAUCAGAGUGGUCAGUGCCAUUGAUGCCAUGGCCAGCAGCAUGCUCAAUUUUUCUCAAUGUUUUCCUGAUGAAUUCUUUGAAUAAGAAGGCAUUUCAGAGGUUUGGAAUUUGGAGUUUUGUGGUGACUUUGUUCUACGUGUUAUAUGGAGUGCAUUCAACUUACCAUGCAGAGGAGGAGGUGGGUUUGGAAGUGGACUUACAUGAUGGAAACUCACUUACAGCAAUUGUUCAGACAAAGCUGGAAGUUCAGCUUGGUUGAUUAAUUUAAUUUUAUCUUGGUUUGGUUUCUUGUAAGUGGGAAUACUUUGGAUGGUGAUUAGAGAGAUCUUGAACUUAAAUGUUU